AUGCAUCUCUUGCCACGAGCGCUGUGUGACAAGCUGAAGUUUGAAUUCGCGCUGCACCGCCUGUUCUCCUUUUAUUCCUUGCGCUCCUACCCUGAGGUGCUGCCGUUUAAAGCUGAAACCCUGGCUCGGAAAGGACUUUACUGCGUAGACUCUUCCACCGUUCGCUGCAAAUUCUGCGACUUCUCCAUUCUUAUCGACGCCAACCUGAAAGCCUGCGUGGAACGCGAGCACCCUGUGUGUCGAGACGAAUCUUUCGCAACGGACGUCCCCAUUCCUGAACACCUCAACUUGAACUACGAGGCGUGCAGACUAUACACGGUGCUGAAAAGGGAGUGGAAAUUUUUCACGCCGCUCGAUUUGGCGUCAGACGGCUUCUAUUACACCGGCAAAAGAGACUUGUGCAUGUGCCAAUAUUGUUUCCUGGAGGUCGAAGGUUGGGAGGACGGAGACACGCCCAAAAACCAGCAUCAACACCACAACGAUUUGUGUCCUUUUCUGUGCAACAAAUCGAAUGUGCAGAAUGUCAGGAUCGGAGAUGAGGAAGCAGGCUGCUUGCACGACGCGAUCGGCCAAGAGUACCAGGGGUCGAAGCAGAUGACUGAUGCGGAGAUUGCUGAUGCCAUCGCAAAGAAAGUGUAA